AGUAUCACUUUUCACGCGCCGAACGUAAAGAGCGGAUCUUUCUGCGGCGACACUCGAGCGAUGAAGCUGGCCGCUCUCGUGUUGGCGACGGCCGUGCUGAGCCACCUGGUGGCCACCGAGCAGGCGGCCAGUCAAGUCCGCGAGCGCAAAAUGAAGCUGAUCAAGAAAUUCCUCAAGAAAAAGGUCACCCAGGGUCACAUAAGACUGGUCGAGGGACACGAAAAGAACGAAGGCAACGUCGAGGUGUUUCACAAAAGCUCGUGGGGCAACGUUUGCGACGACGAGUGGGACCUGCGGGAGGCCGAGGUCGUCUGCAGACAGCUGGGCUUCAGAAAGGGUGCACGUGCCGCCACUCACUCGUCCAAAUACGGCCCAGCCAGACGCAAAUUCUGGAUGGAUAAUUUGUACUGCGGCGGAGACGAGAGCCACUUGAGCAAGUGCCGCUUCGAUGGCUGGGGCAGCAGCGACUGCGACAGCUCGGAGGCCGCGGGUGUUGUCUGCCACCCCAAUCACGAAGACACGACCCCUCUGCCGACGAAACCACCCAAAGUGCUCAAGCCGAUAGAGAGCGCAGUGAAACAGCCUUUGAAGCUCCGUCUGAAAGGAGGAAGAAUUCCAGACGAGGGCAGGGUUGAAGUGAAAUUUUCUCCCACGGAAGAAUGGGGCGUUUUGUGCGGAGACGGAUGGGGUUUGAAGGAGGCGGCGGUCGUUUGCAGACAGUUGGGUUUCGGCUUCGCCAACGCGGCCGUCCAGACCGACUUCUUCGGAGCGAAAUUCUCCAAAGAGACAAACAAGACGACGCCAAUGGUGCUUAGUGGGGUGGAAUGCCAGGGGAACGAAGCGUCCAUCGAUGCCUGUCUGCACCAUCAGAUCAACGAAGUCGAUUGUCCGGGCGAGUCGGAAAAUAUCGCUGCGGUCGUCUGUACACAAGCCGUGGCCGAUUUAGUUAUUGACCACCACGAGUUGAUGCGGUCCAGCCACUUGGAGGAUAGGCAACUGUUUUUCCUUCAGUGCGCGAUGGAGGAAAAUUGCCUAGCCAGCCAGGCGUACAAAAUCCGCGAGGAGAACGAGAACUGGCAUUUGGACACGCGCCGCUUGCUCAGGUUCACGGCCACCAUCCAAAACGUGGGCUCGGACGACUUCAGACCGUUUGUGCCCAAACACCUCUGGCAAUGGCACCAGUGCCACAUGCACUACCACAGCAUGGAGGUCUUUGCCACCUUCGACGUGUUCGACGCGUCCGGCCGCAAAGUGGCCGAAGGGCACAAGGCGAGUUUCUGCCUGGAAGACAAUCAGUGCAAACCAGGUGUGAAACCGGCGUAUGCGUGCGCCAAUUACGGCGACCAGGGCAUUUCUGUGGGCUGCGCCGACAUCUACAAGCACAACAUCGAUUGCCAGUGGGUCGACAUCUCCGAGCUCAAGCCCGGAAUGUACACUUUUAAGGUGGCCGUCAAUCCCGAGUUCAAAGUGGCGGAGCAGACGUUCGAAAACAACGCGGCCACCUGCAAUUUGCUGUACACCGAGAGCUACGCACACGUUUUCAACUGCACCCUGCAGCGACCCUGACAUCCAUCAUCAUCCACUCUUUGAAAGCUUGCAAAAUCUAAUAAAAUUCGCGCUGAGCCUUUUCCACUUGGCAGGAAGCACUCGACGCGCAUCACUCAAUUUCCUCAGCCCUCGGCGA